AUGCAAAACCUACUACGUUACAUCCGCCAGGUCCAGGAACAGCUGUACGAUGACUUCAGAGCGGCGCUAGAGCUACCUAGCAAGUUUAUCACAAAUAUAGAAGAGACUCUACGCGAAAAAGGGGACUGGAACUGGACUCAGGCUGCAUAUCAUCUGGUUGUGACUGGUCACUGCCCAGAUGACGUUAAGGAAUGGCUAGUCGAUCAAUUAGGUGACCGCGUGAGUGAUUUUGUGAAUUUCCUUCUGCAGAACCAACUGACAGGCGAGGCGUGGGAGAAAGCUCUCGUGACGGGCUAUGAAAGUAUUAGGCGUCUAUCACACGAGCACCUGUUGCCAGCGCUAGAACGAUUUGUUGUACUUGCGAGUCACCUUCGAGGAUUGUCAAGAUUUCAGGUCUCGAAUCGCCAUCUAGAUUUGUCUACUCAGGAUUUGGACAAUGUCAUCGACACUUUAAGCUGCUUACAACUCAUUGCGCAUCAAUUGCUGAUUGACUGUGGAAUUGAGUUGCGACAGUUUCAUGCCUUUUCUACCUGGCUUCGGCAGGAAAUUGAUGCCCAAGCUUCUGAAACCAACAUUUCUGAUGACCAUGAGACGAAUCUCAAUAUUGAUUAUACAAAUACACUGAAAUAUAUUCAAGGACCUAUGAAGCAUAGCCGUCUCCUUGCAUACUUGCGGAUUUACGAUGUGUCAGAUGGAAUAGAGUAUUGGGAUCUGGAAGCUGAGGGUGGAUCACUAUUCAAACUAUACCAAGACAAAACGAAAAAAAAGGAUGACAGAUCCAAACAGACAAAGCAACUGCCACGCCUUGAUGCCCUAGUGAGUCACCUAGAUCAGCAAUGCGGCAAAUUAUACAGCAGUAUUGCAGAGACACAACGAAGGAACACCCGACUUGGCCGCCCUUGUCUUCUUACAAAAGGUCCCGCAAACAUUGUAGACAUGAGGAUGCUCGAUCCUACUGGGGAAGGUAGUAAAACUAAACCUUUAGAAAUCGAAUUGUAUCGAGUUAUGAUUAGUAUUGAGCACGGAAUGAGCACUAUCGAGGGCGUCGAAUCAGCCCUAAUCGACCUUGGAGAUUGGCAUUUGCGCGACAGCCGAUUUUUAGAUGACAGAGAAAUGAUAGUCGCUAUCUCACGUCUUGGUAAAGUAACAUGGAGAUUGGACAAACCGCAAUGA